CGACCAAACGAGCAUUGCUUCAUCGGCAUCACCUCCAUUGGAUAUCGAUUUGAGGCUUCUCUACAGCUCGCCUGAGGCGGCCCGCUACUUACAUCCACAGCUUCGCCAUGGCUUCAAGCGUGCCAGCACCGCCGGUGCAGGUCAACGGCGAUGGGCUAUGCGAUCCUAACACGCGUCGCUACGCAGAGUUCUACGCUCAGCUUCUUCGCAUCCGGGAUGAUGUCUAUGCUGGCAAACACCCCCGCCUCAAGGUACCUGACGGUGUGCCAGAAAAAGUCGCAGCGCAGUUUGUUCAGUCUCGGCCAUCGCCCACAUCGCGUCCCGCCACCAACGGAACAAGCAGCAGCACUGUCCCUCCCGCUCACCCUUCUUACACAUCUCAGGGCAGCAGUCCCUAUAUUUCCACCCCUAUUCACAGCUACCCCAGGCCCUCGUCGUCGCAGCGACCGCCUAGCUUGAAGCCAUCUUCGUCCGGGAUUGAUCCUGUACUUCUGACCAAGUCUGACGACCUCGUAAGAGCGGAGAUCCAGCUCAAGCGCCAGCGCAUUGAGCGUGUGCUCAAGGAUCAGGUUGAUCAGAAGAGGAAUCAGUCUCGGGAUGGGGACUUUGGCGGUCAUACUGAUGCACGCUUGGACGUAUCAGACAUUUUCGCCAAAGCACUGGCACUUGUUCCACCAGUAUCAGGCUUACGCCCAGAGGCUAAUCGCAACAGCCCGGCUAGUGAUUCUUUCGAUGAGAAUUCGUAUUACUCAAGUCAGGCAAACAGUUGGACUUCCGACGAGCGCGAGGGCUCUACGAACGGCGCAAUGGCAUCGGCGGCGGAAACGGCACAAGGAAAGCUUGGUGAUGAUGCGAGAACAGGCAAUGCUGGCGGCGUCAAUGGAGCUUCUCCAGCUGGCGCCCAGGAACGUGCCAUGUCGCAGACGGACAACGUCAACGACGAUACGGACAUGCUCGAGGAUGGGGAAGAGUCAGAUUAUGAGCCUCCUGCUGCCGAUGCUUUUACGAUUGUUCCGCCAACAAACAACAACACGCCUCACAAUGAUACAGUGUCAGGACCUGGCGGCCUUUCUCGAUCUUUCAACUCCAGCAAUGGUUCGCUUCCCUCCCCAACUGUCCCUAUAAUCAUGAACCAUAUUCGGACCCCAGUGGCCCCUCAACCAGCACGCGUAUCGCCGCUGACCUUUGCCAAAGUAUCCGGUUUGGACACAUCGCAUGGCCCUGGUGGUCAGGAUGUUGCUGCGAGCGCACCAUCUUCGCCCAGAAACGGCCGGGGACGCGGUUCGGGGCGACAGAGCCCAGUUGGAUCUGCCAGACAGCAGAUCAACAGUCGGAAGCGCCGCAGGGAAGUCAAAGAAGUCGAGAGGGCAGAAAAGCAGAGACGGGUGUCAAAUAGGGAAAAGCAUCGCGCUGCUGAAUCUCCUGAACCGCAAAUCAAGGAAGAACCUGUCUCACCUCCUCCUUUAGCAGGCUUUACAGAAACCCCGCAAUCGAGGCGCAGAGCCCGUCCGUUGCCCGAUGACGUUGAGAUCAUCUCCCCCAGAGAAGCCCGCCCGCGGCCCGUGUACUAUAUGGAGUACGAGCAGCCACCUGCUCCUAGGUAUGAGUACGAAGAACCGACAAUCAUCAGGGUACCAUCUCGUGCGUCUUAUCGCAGGGUGGAGCGCGAUGACCACGAUCUUAGGAGAGUGGCAAGUCUCCAGUAUGCGCGGCGUCCGUAUUCACCACAACCAGUGCCCUACGAGCCAGGUAGGGCAGCUUCGCAUUAUAUUGAGGGUCCUGCCCCAAUCUACAGAGAAGGCUCUGUUCGCCCUGGUGCCACCCGUUACAUCCGCUCCGAGCGCUCAAUUUCUCCGACCUAUGCGACGGAUCCGUACCAGAGAACGCGUUCACCCGCAAUUAUGGCCCCACCUCCAGCUCCCCGAAGGAUAGUGGUAGAUCAGCACGGAAACAGAUUCUAUGCUGAGCCAGCACCUAUGAGCAUGCGGACAUCUGUGGCUCCGUCAACCAGGCGUCGAGUUGAGGAUCCUAUGUACGAGCGAGCGCCUACUCGUGAGCCUACUAUGCGACCAGUGGCUCGUGCGAUGGAGCCAUACGAGGAUGAGGGCAUGGCACCUCCGCCGCGGAGGUACAUUGAGCAACCUGAGGUCGAGGUUGUUGAUCCCCGGGUCUACAGACAGCGGGAAUAUUCCAUGCGCCCGGUUGAGAGAGAGGAGAUUGUGCCUGCGCAAGAGCCGAUCGAGCGGCGUCCAGUCGCUCGAUAUGAGGACAUGCCGCCCCCACCCAGGGACUACAUCACGAGAUCUUACAGCGUCCGGCCGGAAGCCGUUAGACGCGAGAUACCCGCCGAGUAUGUCUCACGGCACGGGAGCGUUGCGCCUGGCAGAGAGUACGUGAGGCGCGAGGCCUUGCCCGAGGGAUAUAGGGCAGUGAGUGUUGUGCACGGAGAGCCUGUGCCUUAUGAGGAACGACGUUACGCUUCUUACGUGCCGCAACAAUCAGCCCGCCGUUAUGUCGACGAGCAGGACAUGAUGGAGCCUGCGCAGGAACAGUACGGGGAGCCGAGGAACGUCACGUACAGGUAUUGAGCUUGGGUGUUGGUUGGUUGUAUUGGAUAGCAGAGGACGGGCUUGGAUGUAAAUGCCCGGUCGUUUUUGUGUUAAACAGUGUUCGCAUUGGGAAGCACAAGGGAUGAGGAAUGAAAAGCGUGUGAAUUAAUAGGGCACGUUUUAAUAAAAUAUCAAUGAGUGCGGCCAUUCCGGCG